UUGAGCUCUAGGAGCUCCUAAAGUCCUUUAAAAGUAUUUAUGCUUGUGUUUGUGUCCCUGCAGUCCUCCCCCAGCAUUGGGUGACUGAAGAGGAAGAUCUCUGCAACCAGCAGGGUAACUUUAGAGAAGAACAAGAAGAUCUAGAGCCUCCACAGACCAAAGAGGAACUGAAGGAACCAGAACCUCAGCAGAUUGAAAUGAAACAGGAGGAAACAGAAACUCCACAGAUUAAGGAGGAACAGGAUAAACCAGAACCUCCACAGAUUGAAUUAAAACAGGAGGAACCAGAAACUCCACAGAUUAAGGAGGAACAGGAUAAACCAGAAACUCCACAGAUUGAAAUAAAACAGGAGGAACCAGAAACUCCACAGACUAAAGAGGAACUGAAGGAACCAGAACUUCCAUGGGUUAAAGAGGAGCAAGAACACAUCUACAUCAGUCAGGAUGAAGAGCAACUUGAUCUAAAGCAGGAGAUUGAUACUUUGAUGGAGAUUCCUGCUUUGGAGGAAAAUGAUCACAAUGAAGCAGAUCUAAACAAACAGAAGAGCUACAGUCUAACUGAGAGUCAGGAUGAAGAAGGAAACCAACAUGAAGAAUCAACAACUACAGAUGACGAGACAGACCCACAGAACAGAGAUCAGAGGAACAGAAGAGACAGAAGUCAUGUCCAAAGUGUGGCCAGCUCUCAUAUGUCAGAAAGUCAGUGUGACUCUGAUGUUAGAAAAAAAUUCAAGAAGGAAACUUCAGUAGAGAAUCGCAAACAAUCUCCAAAAGAAAAUAGACUUUCCUCUGUUAAGUCUGGUAAAGGAGAAAUAAUUGCAAACAAUGUGUUUGCCCACAUGAGAGCUGAGUCUGAUGGAAGACCUCAUGUUUGUAAAGAAUGUGGUAAAAGUUUUGGUUACUUGUCCCAGUUCAAAACUCACAUGAGAAUUCACAAGAGAGAGAAGCCUUUUUGUUGUCAAAAAUGUGAUAAAAGUUUCAAACACCUAUCUAGUUUCAGAAGACACAUGGCAGCUCAUACAGGAGAGAAGCCUUUUUGUUGUCAAGAAUGUAAUAAAGGUUUUAGUCAAGCAUCUCACCUCAAGGGACACAUGAGUACUCAUACCGGAGAGAAGCCUUUUUAUUGUCAAGACUGUAAUAAAGGUUUUAGACAAAGAUCUAAACUCAAAUCACACAUGAUAAUUCAUACAGGAGAAAGCCUUAUUUGUUGUCAAGAAUGUGAUAAAGGUUUUAGUCAUAUGUCUCAUCUCAAAAUCCAUGCGAGAACUCAUACAGGAGAGAAGCCUUUUUAUUGUCAAGAAUGUGAUACAAGUUUUAGUCUUAUAUCUAAUCUUAAAAGACACAUGAGAACUCAUACUGGAGAGAAGCCUUUUUGUUGUCAAGAAUGUAAUAAAGGUUUUAGUCAAUCAUCUAAUCUCAAGGCACACAUAAGAACCCAUACAGGAGAGAAACCUUUUUACUGUCAAAAAUGUAAUACAAGUUUUAAUCAAAAAUCUCAUCUCAAAUCACACAUGAGAACUCAUUUCAGAGAAAAGCCUUUUAAAUGUCAAGAAUGCAAUAAAAGAUAUCUUCAUCUAUCUAGUCUUAAAACACACAUGAUAACUCACACAGAAGAGAAGGCUUUUCUUCAAAAGAAGUUUUGACAGUUUAAUCAAUAUUUGAGGCUGUAAAUAAAUUAAAAGGAGGCAGAAGUGAGUAGUUAAUGCAUAACAUUAAACAUUUUUCUGAAGUCUGAUGCUUUUAGUGAGAACAUAUUUUUUAAUAUUAUUGUAAUGUAAUAAUCAAAUUUUCAAAGACAAUCUUUAGUUUCAUCGUCCAUCAGCCAUAAUCCUCAAAAUGAAUUAUAUUUGGGAUUGAUACAUUUAUAUCUGUAUGAUGAUUCUUUAAUAUAUGAGCUUAACUUUUUAUUGAUUGACAAUAAAUAUUGAACUUUUCCAUGAAAUUCAUUCUUUUAGGUGUAAAUGGCUUUUACCAGUUUUGAAGGUAUCAACACUUUUUGUACUGACAUUUUUUAUGAAUUUGAUGUUUAAAGACAUUAUAAACACUUUAAAAAUAUUGCUCAAUUUUGUUGAUUUUAUUAAUAGAUUACAUUAGAUUUUUUAUUACUAUUUUUUUGUUUAAAAGUUGUUGUGUUGACCUUUGUUAGUGUAGUUUAUGCUGAGACAUUGUGUAUGUUGUCUAAAUAUUUGUGUUACUAUGUCAACACUAGAAAUAUUGUAAAUGCAUCUUUAUUUCUUACAAGUUUUACGUGACCUUUGACCUUUCCAUUUUUGGUAACAAGAUGGUAAUACAUCUGUGACAGAAAAAAAUACAACAAGUAAACCAAUGGAGAACUAAAUUGAAGAAUAUAAAGCAAAAAAAACAAACAACUGACAACUGACAUAACAAUUCCAAAUCAAAUUGAUUUUAUGAAAAUUAAAUUGGAAAACAUAUUAUUUAAACAAAAUCAAAUCCUGUUUUUAUCCCUUGAGAUCAAACUUUGUUUAGGUUAUUUUUAUUGAAUGUUGUUAUCAAGAACUUGUACUCAUUUCAUAGUUUGCUCCCACGGUAACGGAAAAAAAAUGUUUAACUUGUGAUUUAUGGAUGGAAGGAAGGAAGGUGGAAUGUCUGCCCUUGUACCAAAAGAGUGAAGUUUAUUUUUAUUAUGAAAUAGUUUUGGAAUUUAUUUGGAUAUUUUACCUGAUUUAUCAAUACAGAAAAUAUAAGUAUCUGAAGAAUAUUGAUAUCAUAAAUGAUUAACAGCUUUAAAUUUGAAGAGUGGGUCACUGGGUGCAACAUAAACAGAAUUUGUGGCCAAACGAACAAAUACCUUUUGUAAAAGUAAGAUUUUGUUUAGACAAGUAGGACAAGUAUUUGCCCAAACAAUAUUGGAAUGAGAGAGAUAUGGAUAAAGUAUGGAAUAGUACAAUGAUAAAUUAACUGAAAAAUUUACACAAUCUUCUAUUCUUCUAAUGAUACCCAAAGAUUUUGUAACUUUAUUUGAUUUUUUUCAAAGGAGUUUAUUGUCUAGUUGGACUCCUGAAAAUCUGAUGGAUGAAGCUUCUUCAAAUUGUUCAUUUUUAAUGUAAAUUUUAAUUAAAUUGUUGUAUUUUUUCCGGCCUGAAAAUACCAGUUAUUUUUUAAUUCAAAGCUAAUUUGUUAGCUUGAAACCAAGUAGAGUUUUCUUAGAUCCUUGUUUAGUUUUUCUAGAAUUGUUUUUAGAUCCUUAUAAGAAAUAAAAAGAUUGGUGUCAUCAGCAAAUAAAAUGGGAAUUGUGGAUUCACCAACACAUGCAAAAUUAUUUAUAUGAAUAAGAAAAACAAAAAAA